AUGUCCUCCACGCCCAUGGACCUGGAUCGUUCGACAGGCCCCUCCAGCCUCGCGCUCGGGCAGUCAUUGAAGAUUCAAAGGUCCUUGGACAGCGCGCCACCCGUCUCCCACUUGAAAGAUGUGAUAAGCAGCUUCAGACCUGUCAAGCUGCUUCGACGUCAAGACCUGAGGGAAGGCCGACCGACUCCGCAUGUUCUCUCUAUCGAUUACGACGAUGAAGGCGAACUCCUCAUGACAUCGGCGAGCGACGAGACAAUCCAGAUUUACAACGUCAGGGAUGGCCGUCAUGACAAGAGUCUCCUCAGUAAAAAGUAUGGGGUCAAGUUGGCAAAGUUUACGCACACCAACUCGAGCAUCAUAUAUGCAUCUACAAAACAAAACAAUGCCAUACGAUAUCUUGCCACCCACGACAACUCCUUUAUACGGUACUUCGAAGGGCACGAAAGUAACGUGACUGAUAUUGCGGUCCAUCCCGGCUCUGAUACCUUCAUCUCUUGCUCACAGGACAAUACGGUUCGACUAUGGGAUACUCAGUCCAAGAACGGACAGGGACAGCUGUUCCUCCGAUCGCCGUCCCUUGCUGCCUACGAUCCCUCGGGGAUGGUGUUUGCCAUCGCAUGCCCCAGCAGCGGCAGUGUUCUGCUCUACGACGUUCGUAACUACGACAGGGCGCCGUUCUCGACGGUCGAUAUUCUUGAACAAUGCUACAAGGUAGACCAGCAGCACCUGGUCAAGGGUUGGACGAAGCUGGAAUUUUCCAACGACGGCAAGUCACUGCUUGUCGGCACCAAGGGCCAGGGCCACUUCUUGUUGGAUGCCUUUGAAGGGAACCUCAAGGCGUACCUCCACCGACCAACCGGUGGAACUAGGCGGCAGGCGCCGGGGGAAACGCCUCCCUGCGACAACGGAAACGCAGCAACGGACCCUCGCAAUCUGGACAGCAGUGGAGAUUGCUGCUUUGCGCCUGAUGGUCGAUUCAUCAUCAGCGGAUCCAGGCAGGACAUCUUUGUGUGGGACUCGCUGUCCUCGAUACCCAAAGGUAAAGUGCUGGAACCUAUGUCGACGCUGCAUGAUAGGAGAGAAACGGCUGUCGUGGCCUUCAAUCCUCGGUUCAACUUUUUUGCCACUGCAGACCAGGACUUGCUCUUUUGGCUCCCCGAUCCUCAUGGCUAG